AUGUCAGGUGAAGUGGAGUCUCCCAACAAGGAAAUGAACGACGAGGAGGAAGAAGAGGGAGAUGAGGAGGAAGAGCUGGAGGAGGAGGAGGAGGAAGAGCAGGAGGAAGAAGAACCUAGGAACUUGGACUCCGUAGAUUAUGGGAAAGAAUCUGACCAAGGGCUGGACCACAACCUCCAGGCGCAGGUGCUGCAGCUUCUAGAUGAGUUGGAGGAAACUCGGGAGAUGGUCCUCAAGCAUGAAGAAGAUGCGCUGGAGCUGCAAGGUUUACUCGAAGAUGAACGUCUAGCAAGCGCGCAGCAGGCGGAGAUCUUCACAAAGCAGAUCCAGAGGUUGCAGGCCCAGAUGCGUUCGCGGAAGGAUGAGUUUGACUCGCUACAAGAAACAAAGGAUGUUGAGCUCGAGCGUGCGGAACAGGAGCUGCAGGAAGCCAACGAGGAAAUCCACAGCCUGCGCCUGGAUGCCGAGGAGGCGGCUGCCGUGCACGAGAACGAGAUCGCCGGCCUGCAAGAAGAGCUUUGCCGGCUGAAAGUGGAGCUGGAGCGGGUGCAACAAGUCCGCGAUGAGUACGACAUGGAACUCACCGCCCUGCGUGCCGAGAUCCGUAUGAAGCAGGAGUUGUUCACCGGAGGCAGGACUGUGGUGGGUGAAGCCCACGAUGAGGAGGAACAGCUUUCCAACACAUCCCUGGAAGUAACUAAGCUCCAAGGUGAACUGACGUCUCUGAGCACUCAAUACGUGGAUCUGAAAGAGGAGUUCCAAACCUUGCAGGCAAGCAACAAGGUUAUGGUCCACCAGCUGGAGAAGCUUGAGGCCUUAAAGUACAAGUUCCGAAACAGGUCUGAGGAUACCCCAUCCAUCGAGUCAAUUUCACAGUGGCCCUCAGACCGUCGCUUCUCCAUCAUCAAGCAACCCACCAACCAAAAGGGCAGCUCUGUCUCCUUUUGGUCAGUCGAAAUCGUGGGUGUCGCUAGUGACUAUAACAACGAGGAGAGAAUGGAGAAGGUGGAUGAGGAGAACGAACAAGACGUGUUCCAUCAGCUGGAGGUGGAGGAGAAGGUGGAGAUGGUCCAGACCCAG